AUGGCCCCUAAAUCGAAAGGUUAUAGAGCUUCAAAGUGUGAAAAUCUUGGAUUAAAUCCACUAUCAUUACAACAAAAUACUUCAACAACAACAAAAGAAAUUAAUCAAAAUCAAAAUAAUUUUAGUCACAUGUUUGCCCCAAGUACAAGCAUUUGGGGAAGUUGUGAAUUUUCUUUAAGUCCAAAAACAACAACAAAUUUAUUUAAUAAAGAAGAAAUAAAUAAUAAUAAUUUAGAAAAGCAAAGACAACAUUUACAAUAUCAUUUAAGCCAAUUAUUUCCGGAAGCAACAGUUUUUGCAGUUAUGGCUGCACAUCCACAAGAAAUGGAUGCACAAAUACUUUGCCAACGAAUAAUUGCUUUCCAAAAAGGAUUUGAAAAAGAAAUUGAAAAAUAAAAAAAUUUUUAACCUCCCAAAAAUUACUCAAAAAAUUCCUCAUCCUUUCGAAAACAUCUUUGGUAGAAACAUUCAC